AAAGGAAUUUUAAUUUGCUACCCGUGUAAUAAUGACGACGAGCAAGAAUGGAAACCCAUUUUUUGAAUACUUUAUUUGCUAACUCCGUCGUAAGGAAUUUGGUUUUGCUGUACGUGGCAAAGUAAGGACAAGAUUACAACAUUCAAUUUUUGACUAUAAAUGAGCCAUCAAAAUCGUAGAAAUUUAGUUAUUGUUCAAGUGAUUCGAUUAUAAAAUGUCCAAGCAAUUGAUGGUUUGUCUGGUUCUGGUUGCGGUUUUGGGAGACCAAUUCAUGCAAAUUGAAGGUGGCGGUAACGAUGGCAAUGGCUGUGGGUGUGUCCACAAAGUAAAGGGAGCAUUAACGCUAGUAAACAAAAAAGACGAAAGAGGCCGAACAGCUCUUCAUGACGCUGCUGAGAAUGGUAAUUUGGAGGACGUUAAAAAGCUCAUCAAGAGAGGAGCUAAAAUUCAUUCGACAGACAAAAUCAAGCGGACACCUCUUCAUUUAGCUGCUGCAAAUGGUCACAAGAAUGUCUCUGAAAAGCUGAUCACGAAAGGUGCCAAUGUUCAUUCUGAAGACCACUUAAAACAAACACCUCUUCAUUUAGCUGCUGAGAAGGGUCACAGGGAUGUCGCCGAAAUGCUCAUCAACAAUGGAGCCUUCACUGAUGUUACAGACAAUCUUGAACGGACACCACUUCAUUAUGCUGCUAUGAAGG